AAUGUGUUUCCCGGAAAUAGGGUUGUUUUGGUAUCGGCUAGUACAGUAGUUAUCUGUUACAAGGUAAAGCAGAGCUUUAACUUGACCGUUUUGACGACGGCAACCAGGACAAUCGUCAGGAUUUGUUUCACUAUGCUUCGUCCGAGUUGACGAAGCCAACCGCGCUGUGUCCGAAAAGCAGAUUUUGCUUUAAAUUUGGUGAAUUACGGGGGCUUGCGGUUAGCUAGCCUGCUCGCAAGCUAACCCGGAGCCCGUCCCUGUCAACAAGUUGCCUGCAGGAUGGACUCCGCGGCGCUGGAGCUCGAUGCCGUUAAAUUUGCCAAAACUGCGGUCACAUAUGACCAAAAUGGCAAAUACAACGAGGCAGUAUUUUAUUAUAAGGAGGCAGCCCAGGCCCUGAUAUAUGCUGGCAUGGCAGGGUCCAAACUGGACGGAAUCCAGGACAAGGUCAAUGAAUACCUGGACCGGGUCCAAGCCCUCCACAAUGCUGUCCAGGCACAGAAAAGCGACCCGUUGAAGUCCCGGCAGCAGGUGGACAUGGAGCGCGCCCACUUCCUGGUCACGCAGGCCUUCGAGGAAGACGAGAAGGGAAAUGACGAUGAAGCUGUUGAACUGUACACUCAGGCUGUGGAGCUGUGCAUUAAGACGUCCAACGAGACAUCGGACCAGGCGCUGCAGACCAAGCUGAAGCAGCUUGCACGCCAGGCUUUAGACAGAGCGGAAGGUCUUAAAGACUCCCAGUCCAGAUCAACUCCAGCCCAGACUCAGGACAGGAUGGGGCCCUCUGGAGCUAAGAAUGCAAUCGGUGGAAGUUCUGGGGGACCAGUCCGCCAGUUUUUCCCCCUCGGGCCAGACUUCUCCCUCCACGACCGACCUCAGCCCCAGCCGGUCCGGGCAGUCCAGUCGAGCGAGCCGCAGGGUCAGCGCUACACGUCUGAGGAGAUCGAGGUGCUCAGAAGUACAUCUACAAUCAAUGGGAUCGCCUACGUGCCCUUCAUGAGUGUGGACCUGAAGGAGCGAUUUGCCUUUCCUGUCCCUUUGACGGACAAAACAGGAAAACUGGCACUUUCACCCAAACAGAAAGCCAUCUUCUCCCGCUGGGUCCGUCCAGACGAGAUCUGCAAUAACCCAACCAUGAUCAUGUCUGUGUCAAGCUUCAGUAUCAAACAGACGGUGGUGUCUGACUGUUCUUUUGUGGCGUCACUUGCCAUUAGCGCGGCCUACGAGAGGCGUUACAACAAGAAGCUGAUCACCAGCAUCAUCUACCCUCAAAACAGGCGAGGGGAACCGGAGUACAACCCUUGUGGGAAGUACAUGGUCAAGCUUCACAUCAAUGGAGUUCCCAGGAAGGUGAUAAUAGACGACUUCCUGCCGGUUGAUCAUAACGGAGAGCUGCUGUGCUCCUACUCCAGCAACAGGAACGAGCUCUGGGUGUCUCUGAUAGAGAAAGCCUACAUGAAGGUGAUGGGAGGCUACGACUUCCCCGGCUCCAACUCGAACAUCGACUUGCACGCACUCACUGGCUGGAUCCCUGAACGCAUCGCCAUGCACUCUGACAAUCAAUCAUUCAGCAAGGACGACACCUUCCGUAUGCUCUUCCAGAGGUUUCACAGGGGUGACGUCCUCAUCACCACGGCAACAGGAGUUAUGACAGAGGAAGAAGGGGAAAAAUGGGGUUUAGUGCCAACACACGCCUACGCUGUUCUUGACAUCAGGGAAUACAAGGGGAUGCGUUUCCUGCAGCUGAAGAAUCCAUGGAGUCAUCUGCGGUGGAAGGGGCGCUACAGCGAGCGAGAUGAGAAGAACUGGACACCCGAACUCCUCAAAUACCUCAACUUUGACCCCAAGACGGCACAGAAGUUCGAUAAUGGUGUUUUCUGGAUCGCAUGGGAGGACCUCUGUCAAUACUAUGAUGUCAUCUACCUGAGCUGGAACCCUGCGCUGUUCAAAGACUCCUCAUGUAUUCACAGCAGCUGGGAUGGGAAGCAGGGCCCGGUGAAGGAUGUCUACAGUCUGGCCAACAAUCCCCAGUUCAAGCUGGAGGUCCAGUGUCCAGCAGGUGGAGCUGCUGUGUGGGUGCUGCUCACCAGACACAUCACUGACAAGGAUGAUUUUGCACAAAACAGGGAGUUUAUCACCCUUGUUGUUUACAAGACGGACGGAAAGAAGGUUUACUACCCAGCGGACCCCCCUCCUUUCAUCGAUGGCAUCCGCAUCAACAGUCCACACUACCUGACUAAGAUUAGGCUGACCAGCGCCGGGACGCACACUUUCACACUGGUAGUGUCCCAGUACGAGAAACAAAACACCAUCAACUACACACUACGGGUUUACACUGGAUGUAAAUUCACCUUCUCCAAGAUCCCAUAUCCCUUCACUCACACCAAACGGAUCAACGGCCAGUGGAAGGGUGUCAGUGCUGGAGGUUGUGGGAACUAUCAUGACUCGUACAAACACAACCCGAUCUAUCAGAUCAACCUGGAGCGGUCAGGACCGCUGCUCGUCGAGCUCCGAGGAUCCAGGCAGUACAGUGUUGGCUUUGAGAUGGUGACCGUGUCGACAGUGGGGGAUCCGGGUGCAGCAGCCUUCCAGAAGAAGAACAGUGGAGACUACAGGUGUGGUUUCUGCUACAUGGAUGCGGACCACGUGCCAGCAGGCAUCUACAACGUCAUCCCCACCACCUUCCUGCCCAAACAGGAAGGACCCUUCUUCUUGGACUUUGCCAGCACCGCGCCCGUCAAGGUCUCCCAGCUCCAAUGAAGAUGGAGCUGAGGACGAAGCAGGGAUUAGAGCAGAGGGAGGUACUUGUCAGGGGGUCGAGGGAAACUCCUGAUAAUUUCUAUUUGAAUGUGAUGAGGUGUCGUGGCCUCCAUGAAGCCCAAAGAAGUCCGAAUGUGACUGGUAGCCUGAACUAAGCAGCAUAUCUGACGGCCUGUCCCUGUCUUCUACCGCUGACGUGAAAGGACAUAUUGUGGGCUUCAACUUCUACGUUGACUUGAUUCCACAUUGUUAUGUUGUAUCUUCAUAAUAAGGAGUCAACAAGGGGAUCUUGAGUUUGGAGUAGUACCCAUCAAACGUCAAGGAGCUUUGGGACGGAAAAAACAUUCUUUUGCCAAAAAAAUUAAAAGGAAUUGAUGAAAGUGGUAUGUCUGUAUGCCAUGAUAAGAUAGACACCGUAUUAUCUGUAUUUACCUCCACCAGAUCAAUUCAUCCGCAUCAACGUCGUGCAAAUCUGACCGAUUUCAUGAGACAACAGUGAUCAUAUAACCACACAUUGGAGUCGACAACAGGGUUGAUAUGAAAUCCAGCUGCCGGCCAAGAGCUGAAGAAUCUGCAAAGUUCUGUUUUAUUGCUGCAAUGGGCAUUUCUUUUGUACAGAAUUUAAUCCAUGGUACUGUUACCUGGUGUGCCACUGGAAUUUGAGAGAUGUUGAAAUUUUUAACAUAGUUAGUCAGAGCCCCUUAUUUCCAGGAGUACAUUAUGCAAAUUGUCACCACAUGCGGAAGUAUCAGCCGGUUUAUUGAGGAGCAGUGUUUUCCAGCUCUCUCUACUGGAGACUUUGGACUUUUUAACUUGGCAAAAGGUUUACUUACAUACAAAAAAAAAACUAUAACACACUAGAGGAAAAGGACAAGUAUAAUAAGUUUCCUUUAAUGCCACAACGUACGUUGAUAUCUUGAAAAUGCCCCCGUGCAAAAUGCCAACCUACAUAAAGAAACGUUUUUCCCGGCUGGUCUGCACUGACCCUUCACCUCAGAUCCAUCCAACAGAAAGCAGAGUCACCAACAAUUCAGUAUGUGUUUCAAAGCAGAACAAUCGACAGACCCUUGUGAUGAUGUGAAUUGCGGUGGAAAAGUUACAGAAUAUGUCCAGGAUCUUUUUAUCAUGUUUGAGAUGCUCAUUACAGCAAAAACUACUUGGAUAAGAAGCAGCUGCUUGACUGAAGGCCUCAGUUGUUCCUAUCCCAAACCUGGUCAGACUUUCUCUCCUUCCGUUCGUCCCCCACAAGUUGAAAUAUUCUGGAGUCGCUAAAAAGCAAUUAAUUUAUUGAGCCUCUCGACAUGUUGAAGGGGACAGUUUGUUUCCUCAAAUUACCUUGAAGAUUGUUUUUUUUUUUGUAAAAUCUCAGGAGCAGUGCAGCAGAGCAGCACCACAGCACAACAGGGUAUCCAGUAUAGCAGCAGUUGAAUUAUUUCACUUCCUGUUGUCUUUGGAUGUGACGGCUGAGUGAGAAAUAUCAGCCUGAUUUCACUGACAGGUAUCACACACCUUAAGUGUUAAUACCUGUGUGUGUGCGUGUGCGUGCGUGCGUGCGUGUGUGUGUGUGUGUGUGUGUGGGUGGGGGUGUGUGUGAGAGAGGGUGAGUGCAUGUGCAUAUGUUUUUAUAGAAAAAAGUUUGAAAUGUAUUGCCAAGAACACAUCCACUGUUUACUUUUAUGUAAUUGAACUGCACUUUUUUUUUAUUAUUAUUAUAUAAUUUCUCCCCUGGUUUAUUGUCACAAUCUGUGUAAAUGAAUAUGUCACUUCUUCAACACAAGCAGUUCCAGCAGCUCAUCAGAUUUCUCCUUGUUUGUUUUCAACAUGAAAAAUCUUUUUUCCGAUGAUUUCUUUUCUUUGCAUCAAUAGCAAAUCUUUGAAGUUCCUCGCCAACAGUGUUUGUUAAAGUGAUGGAAGUGCCCUGGUGGAUUUUGCUGAAUGAAACUUGGACUAUUUGUCCUAGUCCGAGUCUGUCCGAUGGCUUUGGGUGUUAUAUCUAUAAUGACCGUUAUGUCGCACCAGUUGUACUGUCUUUUUAACCGCGGAGCGGAGGGUCAAAACUGAACUUCAGCCUUCUACUCUGUGAGGAUGCAGGUCACGCUAACCUCAGCUGUUACUCCCUUAACACCAAACGUCAAGUGAAUUUUUGCAUUGCGUUAAUCGUGCAAGUUUGGCCGCCUGAUCAUUUAUAUUUACUAGUAAACAUAACUUGAGAAUACCCGAGUACGUACAGACUAAACACAAUAUAAAUUUUAUUGCUAACAUUUUGGUAAAUUCUAAGCUUGUCACAAAAAAUCGCAGCAUUCAAAUACUGAUUUGGACUUCUUACCAUGGCAACGGUUGAAGCUUCGAAUCUUCAAGACAAUUGUUACUUAAGGUACAUUAAGUUAAAACUGAUGCAGACUACUACAGCAAUCCCGCAGUGAAUCCUCCUUUUAUGAUCCAGUUUUUGUGGAAAAUGUUUGAGAGAGGUGUUGAUUCAGCCUUUAGACGUGCUGUCCUAUUGUAUAGUUACAGAAACACCUCUCUGUAUAAUGUGAUGCAGUUCAGAAACACCACAAGCUACGAGCUCCAGAAUGAUCACAAGACUAAGUCAACACCUCACAAACAAUUUCACCACAAACUAUGAAACCUGGACUGGUGUAUUAGGCUGCAUCAGGUUUAGAGAGUUGUACCUAAUAAACUGCCACCUGAAAGUACUACCGUGCUAUUUAUUUAUCUUCGCCACAUUGAGUAGAUGAAAAAUCUACUGGUCAGUUUGUUAAAAGGUCUUGAGUGUAAAAAGUCAACUCUCACCUUUGAAACAUAGUUCGUCACAAUCAUCUCAACUCAUUUAGAGAUUUCAGCUGCAUGUCCCUUGUCGUGAUGUGUUUUUUUAGCAAUGAAAAGUGCUCUAUAAAUGAAAUUUAUUAUUAUUAUUAUUAUUAUGUUGUUGACAACUGAUGUGGUGAUGCAGUUGAAAGCUUAAGGAAAAAAAGCACAGAUUUGUCCUUCUGUCACCUUAUCACUGUGCCUUAUUUCCUGUCGCUGACAGCCGACCUUUGUGCACUGCUCCCUGGUCACAAAUGUUCCCCCCUUAGCGAAGCAUAUCUGAUCGCAGUAGGUGACGUUGCCCAGCGUUACAUAAGCGGGGAGACUCCAUGUCCUCACAAACCUUUUCUGUGUUUACAGAGCACGGUCGUGAGCCGCCGUCAGUAACAGCUUCCACUCCUUACUCAAUAAAAUAUAAUAGAAAUAAUAAACCAAUUGACGGUGAUAUGAAAUGCAAAUUAUCAAAAUUGUUCUUGAUAUUUGUUUGUUUAAAUUGCUCGAUUUUCCUAUUUCGAUUAGUCAACGAUUUGUUUCAAUGCAUGGGCCCCGUGUCAUUUCAGUGCAGAUUGCGUUAAUAAAAUGCAAUGCAGUGUAUCUGGACAACAUGACACAAACAUUUUCAAAAUAAAGUACACAGAACCUCAUUUUAGGAUUUUACCACAAGCUUUGCUACACAGCCGUUCGUUUUAAAAUCCAGACGUCACACAGUUGCUCACAGAGACUCGACACAGACGAACUCUGCGUGGUGACACUUUUCUCACUUAAAAUCACUCUGAACCCACGAUUCAGACUAAAAUACAUUAACGGGUGUGCAAAAAAGGCUGUGAUCGUCCUUUCGGAGUGAUAUAAACCUUUACAUACCCAUCGCCAAGCACUAAAAGUUAAAGUUAAAAUUGAUGAAUUUGAACUUUUAUGAGUUCCCUUUCUGUGUUUUCAGCUGUGAUGAUUUAACUGACGAGUCAACUCAUGUAAAAUAUGCAGCAGGACAAUCUUGCAGUGACCUGUUAUGUGAAUGACGAUGUAAUGUUUUGCAGAACUUGCACUAAAUGUAGGGGGAAGACGUGACAUGUUCACACUUUGAAUACAGAAAAUCACAUCUG